CUCGAUCCAAACUUCGAACUCCUUUGCCCCUGAGCAAGCUCACGGGUCUCGAUCCGGCUCUUCGUCCACUUCGUCGAGGGGGAGAGAGAGAGAGAGCUCGAUCGAAAACCUAGGGUUUCAACAUUCAAAUUCUUGUUCCCUGAACCCCAAUGGGUUUGGGAAAUAGAGGGGUCGUCGGGGACAAAUGGUCACAGAGAAUCCUCUGGAUCUGUGCUCUUGGAAGCGCCAUAAGUUUGUAUUUUGUUGCUGUUGAGAGACAUGCGCAGAACAGGCAGCGGAUGAUGGCUGAAGGAUUGAAUAGUCUGGAUGGAGACGGCGGGCGAAGCGGCGGUGAGGAUGUCUGACCUAAAAUUUCCUGCUUUGAGCUUGAAUUUUCUUGGGUUUUAUGCCUUUCACGGAAAUUUUGGUGAAACGUUGUUAAGGAAUGAUGAGUGGAAUAAAAAGGUGGGAUCUUGUUGACCGGAGCAUCUUAUGUUGAACUUUCAGAGUUCAACACUGUAAUUUGCAGUCAGGCGUGCUACGAAAUUGCAAAUUUUGGCAUUUAUGUCAGAACAAGGCGAUAUUUAAGAGCUUAUAGUUGUUUAGUGUUGUCACCUUUGAACCUUUAUGAAUGUUACUGGACUGGAUGCUAAAACUCUGACCUUGGACCUUAAUUUGUUGUUCAAUUUCAAGGAUGCUUAAGGUGUAACCCAGAUAUAUGUACUCAGAAGCUUAAAUACAAGUACGAUUACAUUGUACUUCUAUACAUUGCAUCUCAGAUGGAGGAACAUAAUAGAGAGUGAGUGAUGGUGUAGAGAUUAAA